AUGUUGCUGGAGGUCAUUCACAGCGAUGUGUGUGGCCCCAUGAAAACUCCUACCUUCAGUGGAAAACGAUACUUCGUGACUUUCAUUGACGAAUACCCGCACUACUGUGUGGUGUAUCUGCUUCAAAACAAGUCUGAAGUAGCGACCAAGUUCGCUCAAUUUGUUGCGUUGGCGGAAACCCAAACUGGCAAACGUGUGAAGACACUCCGCAGUGAUAAUGGUGAUGAGUACACUUCCAGAACGAUGUCCAAGUUCUGUGCGGACCAUGGUAUCAUGCAGAAAUUCACGCCGCCUUACACCCCUCAAUUGAACGGUGUCGCCGAGCCAAUGAAUCGGACAUUAGUGGAAAGCGCUCGUUGCAUGAUGGAACAUGCUGAGUUAUCCAAGUCGUAUUGGGGUGACGCAGUCAUGAUCAAGCGAACUUCCUACGUCUUCGCUGUCCAAGUCGUUCAACAAGUCAUGACAAGUCACCCUACGAAGUAUGGACCAAAGCGGUCCAAGCUCGAUGCAAGAUCGAUUCAGUGUCGGUUCAUUGGAUACUCCGACCAUGAAAAAGCGUACCGUUUCGAGGAGAUCAAGAGUCGUCGUGUACUGGUCAGUCGCGACGCACAGUUCAUGGAGAAUGUUUUCGACAGUGGGAGACGCGACUAUGUGCAAGAUGGAGCCGUCGUCGAAGAAGAAGCUUUUAUGGAAGAUGAGGAUGUACCUAUGGAGGACUACUACCUCUCAUGA